ACAAAACCAGUAGUUGUACAGCAGAAAGGAUUAAGACAUCAUUACCACAUACUUAAGUCAGCUGGCCCACCACAACCCAAGAAACAAAAAAUCGAAACCGUAUCGGUACUAACUGAGAGACCACCGGUUCCUCGUACCAUCAAAUCAAACCCAUAUGCUAUUGUCGUCUGUAGUUAAUGAGGAAUCUUAACUUACGUUCUUAAUUACAGAUGAUUAGCAAUAAACUACGCAAUCAUCAUUCCCCUGUUUAAAAGAAAAGCCCAUAGAAGGCCCAACAAAAAGCAAAAGCCCAAAAAGAGUGACUCACUGGUUCCUCUCUCUAGCUAACUCAACUCAAGCUUCUAAUAAAGAGUCAGCAAAAAUCAUCAGCCGCCUGCCUCUUCUAUCACUUUCAACCCUCCUUAAACCUCAUCUCUCCUCCGUCGUCUCCGCCGCCGCCGUCAUCCCAUUUCUCUUUGCCCCCUCAAGUGAAAUGGCUGGGAAGUCGAACAAGUCAAAGGCCAAGAGAGCUGCGGCUCAGAGCUCUGCUGCUAAUCCCACUGACUCUGCUCCUCAAUCCGAUGUUCCUGCUGCUCCUGCUCCUGUUCCUGAUAAUGGAACCGUUGAUAAUGCUGUUGAAGCUACCGUCCCUGAAGCCAAUGAAGUUCCUCCUCCGGUUCCUAACGCUGACGAUAGCGAUUCACAAGCAGUAGCAGCAAGUAACGAUGAUCAACCUAAACAAGGUGAACUUCGUCUUUAUCCUGUUUCUGUCAAAACACAGAGUGGCGGUAAAAUGGAGCUACAAUUGAACCCUGGAGACUCAGUGAUGGAUAUAAGGCAGUUCCUUCUUGAUGCCCCGGAGACAUGUUACUUCACUUGCUACGAGUUGUUGCUCCGCAACAAGGAGAAUGAAACUCACCAUCUUGAAGAUUACAAUGAGAUCUCUGAAGUUGCUGACAUCACAACCGGUGGUUGUUCCUUGGAAAUGAUUGCUGCGUUGUACGAUGAUAGAUCUAUCAGGGCUCACGUUCACCGAGCUAGAGACCUCCUUUCGCUUUCUUCGCUCCACUCCCUGUCAACUACGCUUGCCUUGAAGUAUGACGCAGCACUGAACAAAGCCCAGAAUCCUGGAGACAAACCCAACGUCCCAGAGCUUGAUUGCCUCGGUUUCAUGGACGAUGUACCUGCCUCGCUCAGGAAGUUGAUCAGUUCUCCAACGGAAGAUAUCAAAUGUGUGGAGAGCAUUGUCUUCUCGUCCUUCAACCCUCCUCCAAGCCACAGAAGGCUUGUAGGAGACUUAAUCUAUUUGGAUGUUGUGACGCUUGAAGGUAACAAAUACUGUAUCACGGGCACAACAAAGGCCUUUUACGUUAAUUCUAGCGGCGGCAAUAUUCUCGACCCAAGGCCGAGUAAAUCUGGGUUCGAAACAGCUACACUCAUUGGUUUAUUGCAAAAACUUAGCUCUAAGUUUAAAAAAGCUUUCCGUGAGGUCAUGGAAAAGAAAGCCUCUGCACAUCCCUUUGAAAAUGUUCAAUCGCUUUUGCCGCCACACUCAUGGCUAAGACCGUAUCCUGUUCCCGAUCACAAGCGCGAUGCUGCCAGAGCAGAAGAAGCACUGACCAUUUCCUAUGGUAGUGAGCUGAUUGGUAUGCAAAGAGAUUGGAACGAAGAGUUGCAAUCCUGCAGGGAGUUCCCUCACGCUACUCCUCAGGAGAGGAUCUUACGUGACAGAGCUCUUUACAAGGUUUCUUCUGACUUUGUCGAUGCGGCUCUUAACGGGGCAAUUGGUGUAAUCAGCCGAUGUAUACCACCCAUUAAUCCAACUGAUCCAGAGUGUCUGCACAUGUAUGUGCACAACAAUAUCUUUUUCAGCUUUGCUGUUGAUGCGGACAUUGAACAGCUAUCCAAGAAACGUCCCUCAAGUAAUAUGGCUGAGAAAAUACCCUCAUCUGAUAAGGUUCCCUGCAAAGAAGGAACAUGCGAUGGAGAACACAAUGCAGAGCUUAACUGCUGUAGUGAGGCUCCUCUUGUAGAGAAUGAGCAGGCAACCUAUGCCUCAGCAAACAACGACUUGAAAGGCACAAAGUUGUAUCAAGAAGCAGAUGUACCAGGGUUAUAUAAUCUGGCUAUGGCCAUUAUUGACUACAGAGGUCAUCGGGUUGUUGCUCAGAGUGUUCUACCAGGUAUCCUUCAAGGGGAUAAAUCAGAUGCGCUUUUGUAUGGUUCAGUCGAUAAUGGCAAGAAAAUAUGCUGGAAUGAAGAUUUUCAUGCUAAGGUGCUUGAGGCUGCAAAACUUCUUCACAUAAAGGAACAUGAUGUUAUUGAUGCUUCCGAGAAUGUCUUCAAGUUAGCUGCACCAGUGGAGUGCAAGGGGAUUGUUGGGAGUGACAACAGACAUUAUCUUCUGGACUUAAUGAGAGUGACGCCUCGGGAUGCUAAUUACACGGGUCCAGAGUCACGCUUUUGUGUACUAAGACCAGAACUUAUCACUUCAUUUUGCCAGGCUGAAUCUCAAUCAAAACGUAAAACCAAGACUGAUGAAGGGACGGAUAUUGUUCCUGAUCCUUCUGAUGUUAGUGUUGAUACUUCUAAGACGGAUGAUGAAUUGAGCCAUGGAGAGGAAAACGGAGCGUCAACUUCUGAGAAAACUGUUGCAGAAAAGCAAGAUACCACUGCCGAUUCUGCAGCCAGAUCAUCUGAAAGUUCCAAACUAUGUGAUGAAAUAACAUUUAACCCUAAUGUUUUCACUGACUUCAAAUUAGGUGGCACGCAAGAGGAGAUAGCUGCUGAUGAAGAAAAUGUGAAGAAAGUUAGUUCAUACCUUGUGGAUGUGGUGCUUCCAAAAUUCAUAGCAGAUCUUUGCGCUCUUGAAGUUUCCCCAAUGGAUGGUCAAACUUUGACUGAAGCACUCCAUUCUCAUGGUGUCAAUGUUCGUUACAUUGGAAGGAUUGCUAAUGGAGUGAAGCAUUUACCUCAUUUGUGGGAUCUUUGUUUGAAUGAAAUUACCGUAAGAUCUGCCAAGCACAUUCUCAAGGACAUUCUAAGAGAUAUAGAGGAUCACGAUAUUGGUGCAGCAGUCUCACAUUUCUUAAAUUGUCUCUUCGGAAAUGUUACUGGAGGAAAAGCUAGCACCAACAACGUGAAUGCUAAAAAUCAAAAGAAGGGUCAAGGAAGAGGGAAAGGAAAAGCUUCUGCAAAGAAAAGUCUCGCAUCUUAUAUGAUGGUUGAUUCCAACAUUCUAUGGUCUGACAUUCAAGAGUUUGCCAAAGCCAAGUUUGAGUUUGAGUUGCCCGAGCAGGCGAGAACUACAGCUAAAAAUGUACCUGUACUCCGUAACCUUUGCCAGAAGGUUGGCAUCAGUGUUGCCGCUCGUAAAUACGACUUUGGUUCUACCUCGCCUUUUGAUGCGUCAGAUGUGUUGGAUCUUCGUGCUGUUGUUAAGCAUUCUGUCCCUGUAUGCUCUGAGGCUAAAACUCUCGUUGAGAUGGGGAAGGUCCAACUCGCUGAGGGCAUGCUUAGCGAGUCCUACACGUUUUUCUCAGAGGCGUUUUCGAUACUUCAACAGGUGACUGGUCCAAUGCACAGGGAAGUUGCAAACUGCUGCAGGUACCUUGCCAUGGUUUUGUACCAUGCUGGAGAUAUGGCUGGUGCCAUAAUGCAGCAACACAAGGAACUAAUCAUAAAUGAGCGUUGCCUUGGUUUGGACCAUCCUGAUACUGCUCACAGCUAUGGCAAUAUGGCUCUAUUCUAUCAUGGGCUGAAUCAGACAGAGCUCGCUCUACAGAACAUGGGCCGUGCCUUGCUUUUACUUGGCCUUUCAUCUGGCCCUGAUCAUCCAGAUGUUGCAGCCACAUUUAUAAAUGUUGCCAUGAUGUAUCAAGAUAUGGGCAAGAUGGACACAGCUCUACGCUAUCUUCAAGACGCUUUGAAGAAAAACGAGAGGCUUCUUGGUCCGGAACACAUUCAGACUGCAGUAUGCUACCACGCUCUUGCCAUUGCGUGCAACAGCAUGGGUUUAUUCAAGCUCUCACAACAGCAUGAGAAGAAAACCUAUGAUAUACUUGUCAAACAAUUGGGAGAGAAUGAUUCCAGAACAAAAGACUCUCAAAACUGGAUGAAGACUUUUGAGAUGCGUGAGGUUCAGAAGACUGCACAAAAGCAGAAAGGACAGGCAGUCGAUGCGGCCAACACGAAAAAGGCUAUCGAUCUCUUGAAGUCACGUCCAGACCUGAUACAGGCGUUCCAAAACGCAGCAGCGGCAGAGAGGGCUAAUGCUCUGAACGAGGCUCAACCUCGGGGCAGAGGUUUUGAUGAAAGAGCGGCUCGUGCUGCAGCUGAAGUUAGGAAGAAGGCAGCUGCUAAGGGGCUACUGGUUCGUCCCCAGAGUGGUGUUCCAGUGCAACAGCUAUCUCAACUGAUCAAUCCAGGAACUGCAGCUUCUUCUAAGAAAAGUGGCGAAAAUGGGGAGGCCAAAAAGGUCGAAGAGAAGAAAGAAACCUCUGGAAACGGGAAAACAACGAACGUGGCGGCUCCUGCAGGGUUGGGAGCUGGCUUAGCAUCAUUGGAUAAGAAGAAGCAAAAAGCCAAAAAGUAAAAUUUAGUAGCUUUGAAAUGAAACGGUGCUCGAUUCUAAGUAGUGGAGUUUGGUUUUGUCAUUCACUUGGUCAGUCCAUUGCAGGAGGAGAAGACUUGUUUGUGUACCACAAAACUUUUGUUCUGUUCUUCAUUUUAUGUUUCAACGGUUUGGGCAACUCCCCCUUCCAGCUAUGUCUGGUCUCUUUUUAAAAAAAAUUAUUUUAGCCUCACUUUUAUGUGGAUGUAAUCUUAUCCCACAGAAGUUCUAGUUCGUCUAGAGAAUAAGCUCACGAUUUAAGCUUUGAUUUAACAACA